AUGAGCCACUCACGUAUAUCAAAGCGCGCAUACGUAGUUGCUUUAAAACGCUAUCUAGCCCAAAACCACCGCCGCUACACCACCAUCCGGCCUCCACGUCCUCGUCCUCCUUCUCGUCUCCUUCGUUGGCGUCCCAGGUCAAUGGCUGUGGACAUUCCACCCCUCGAUGUCCGCAUGGACAUCGACCAGCCUCAUGAACUAGAGGCGGUGGAAUGUCCACCAGCCCCGGGAUCCACCAACCAGCCAGAGGCAAUGGACAUUUGUCCACCCUCCCCACCUCGCCGAAGCCGUUGGGAAUGUUCUCCUCGUUCUCUCUCUCCCUCUGCUGUUGCGCGAGGACGUUUGGCUUUGGCUUCGCCUUCUCCGCCUUCUUCGCCUCGACGAAGCCGUUGGGAAUGUUCGUCUCCUCGUUCUCCCUCCCCUUCUGCUGUUGCACGAGGACGUUUAGCUUUGGCUUCGCCUUCUCCGCCUUCUCCGCCUCGACGAAGCCGUUGGGAAUGUUCGUCUCCUCGUUCACUCACUCCUUCUGCUGUUGUGCGAGGACGUUUGGCGUCGCCUUCUCCUUCUUCUUCUCCCGUUCGCUUGGCCACGCCUUCACCAGUGCGUUCGGCCUCGCCUUCUUCUUUUACUGUUGCGUCUUGCGGUGUGUCUUCUCCCGCUAUUUAUGUAUCCUGCGGUGUGUCUUCUCCCGCUAUUUCUGUAUCCUGCGGUGUGUCUUCUCCCGCUAUUUCUGUACCUUGCGGUGUGUCUUCUCCCGCACUUUCUGUAUCCUGCGGUGUGUCUUCUCCCGCCAUUUCAGUACCCUACGGUGUGUCUUCUCCCACCAUUUCUGUACCCUGCGGUGUGUCUUCUCCCGCCAUUUCUGUGCCCUGCGAUGAGUCUUUUCCCGCUUCUUCUUCUGCACCUUGUGGUGUGUGGUCGUCUUCCCAAGCCACUUUGGCUGCUGUUCCUUUGCGGCCUUCCUCUUCUCCGGUUUUGUCGGCUGCUGCUUUGCCUUUGGCAUCUUUGCCUGCUUCUCGUGAGGCUUCUCCUCCUGCUGCUGGACUUUCUCGCUGGAAGGGUAAGGCAGUCGAUCGCGAGACUGCACCUUUUGCAGCUUUGGCGUGCGCUUCUUCCUCUCCUGGCUCUUCGCUGCCAGGAACUCCCGGUUCGUCAGGCAAACUUCCUGAGAGGCCCACUCUCAGGAAGAUCGCGAUGCCCACUGGUCGCUUUGCCUUUCGUUCGCGGGAGUUCACCUUCUGCCAAGCUUCGUCUUCCACUUCGAGGUUCCGUUCUCCUUCUCCGGCUCCUGCUUCCCGUUCUUGGUGCAGGAGCCGCUCUCCUUCGCCAUCGGCGCGCUGUCGUCGAGUUCGUCGCCGGGUGGCGGUGCCAACGCAACCUGCUGGCUCAGAGUUGCAGCCCGCCACCCCCACCAUUCCUUCUUCUCGUUCCUCGCUGGAUCCUUCCGUUCUUUUGCCUUUGGUGGCUUCUAAAGCCACCACCACCACGAUGACUGUAUGGCAGCAUUGUGGUCCCGCGAGCUCAUCGUCGCGGGAUAGUACUCCUCCCAUGGCAUCGCGAGACGGGACCAUUUCCCCAUUGGAGCUUGAGGCCAACCUCAGCCCAGUAAAUGGUCCUGUCUGUGUGCUGGUCGACGACGUUGAAGACGACGUCGACACACUCCAGCCCUUGGAUGAUUUCCAAGUGCUGGAGGAUGCCAGCUCUCAGCCUGGUUCCCCAAGGGCUGAGAGGGAGGAGCAAAACCUCCGAACGCCGUUUGCCGUCCUUGAGGAGCGCGCUCCCUCGGACGGAUAUUCAAGCGACGAUUCGGAGGUUGUUGCCGAUUUUAAAAAAAGAGAAAACAAAAAAAAAUCCAGUGCCUCUGUUCUCUUCUGUGUUUCUGUUCUCUGGGCUUUCGUUUAUGCCCCAAAAAACGCUGUCUUGUUGGGUCCUAUCAUUGUCCUUCGGGAUAAGAGCUCCUCUUCGGCACUUUGCCGACUGUGCUCUUGGGCCAAUUUGGCCCGCAGACCUCAUGUCAUAGGCUGGGUGGGUUGGGACAUGAGGUUUCCUCUCCAACAAUCUUUGGAGAAAGCCGGCGCCGUUGGAGAAGGGACGGCCCUUGGAUGCUGCAUACCAGAUCUUAACCUCACUGAGCCUGACUGCCGUGCCAAUUAUCGGUUGGCUCUUCAAGCGCAUCUUUCAAGCUUGGCAACGUCGAUGCAUAUAAUUUUGGCUGUCUUCUUGCACCUUGGGAAAGUACAAGAAGCCAGAGCCAAGAAACAUCAAAUAUAA